AUGUCUGGUCGAAAGCUGGGAGGCGGGAGGAUACUAGGUAGUGGGAAGUCUCUUGCACCUCCCGCCCCUCCGGCGCAUCAGCGGACGACGUCAGGUGUGAGUUCGCCGCCUGAGAGCACCGUGUCUCUAAGUUCCAGGGAAUCGACUAUCUCUCCUCUGGCUACAUCACCUCUACCGGAUGCCAGUCAAGAUUUGAUUUCAAGGGCUUCAUUAGAAAAUGGCGGGCCGUCAACGGUUACGGCUGCAAGCACCAAGCUUGUCUGCCCAAUAUGCGACGAAGAAAUGAUGACAUUACUACAGCUUAAUAGACAUCUCGAUGAUAACCACCAGGAGUUGCCCGAGUUGGAGCAAGACGAAGUCAAGACCUGGUUUGACAAGCAGGUGGUGAAAGCAAAGAAGUUCCAACCAUUGGCUGUUAUAAAUCAGAAGCUGAAAGGACUGGAUGUGUUCGAAUCAAACGACUCUCCACCUGCCCCGAACCUUACGAGUACCCUGCCCAGCCAUCGAGUCUCCUCGGCCCCCGAGCCUCCUGAUCCCGAUGAAGUUGUAACAAGAGCACAUUGGCAGAGGGCGGGAUAUAGCGAUUCGUGCACCGAGCCAGCAUGCGGGAAGAGACUAGGUGCGGUUACUGGGAGCGUGAACUGUAGAAAAUGCGGGCGUUUAUUUUGCGAGGAUCACACCAUGUACCAGAUGAAACUCUCCAGGUCCGCCCAGCAUGAACCAGUACGAGGAUUCUGGUGCAGAGUCUGUGAGACUUGUUACAAGUCUAGAGAAGGGUAUAACGAUCAUAAUGGCUUCUCACGGGAUCAUACAAACCAUUUCAUGGCCGUGCGAAGAAAGACCGUGGACAAAGCAUACCUAGAAGUGUCUCGGUUAGAAAAGCGUCUGACGAAACUCACACAAUUGCUUGCAAACCCGCCAGAGGAGAUGUCGGGCGGUAAUGGGGGGAUCUUGUCACUUGCGGGCCAGAAGAACCAACGCAAAGUCUUGGAACAAUCAGUCGUGACUUGGGAGGAGGAUGCAAAAGUCGUAAAGUGUCCGUUCUGCCAGCAAGAAUUCGGGUCGUGGUCAUUCCGGCGACAUCACUGUAGGCUGUGCGGGCGGGUAGUUUGUGCUGAUCCACGAACGGCCUGCUCCUCAGAAAUCGGCUUGAACGUUACAGCGAAAAAAGCCACCGGAGAUUUAGCCCUAGACAUUCGGAUGUGCAAAGACUGCAAGACAACGGUAUUCAGCAAGAAAGACUUCGCUGCAGAAGCAUCACACAAACCACCAGAUGAACGUGCCUACCAAAACUUAAUACAAUUCGAGAAAGGCAUCCGUCUCUUACUCCCCAGCUUUCAACGUCUCAUAUUAGCACUCCAGGACCCGGACAAACCCCCAUCACAUAUCCAACUCGCCGAAGCUUCAAAAGUCCGGAAACGGCUUAUCGAUAGUUUCUCAAAAUACGACUUAGCGGCCAAAAGAAUCCGCGAUCUUCCAACUACAAGCGAAACGCAGCGAAAACUCCAAAAGGCUAUAUACCAACAAGCGGUCAACUUCCUAAGUCUCCACAUGCUCCCCCUCAAAUCACUCCCUAAAAUACUUAAACAUGCCUCCCCCCACGGCUCCAACGGCCUCCCGACAAAUGGCCGGGGCGGCGCCCUCGCCGCAAUCCGCUACAACGACAUCGACAGCGCUUCGCACAUCAGCAGCAGCAGCGCAGUGUCCGCCAUGGAAGUGGAAGAGAAAGAGCUCAAAGAGCGACUAAUUGUCUUAGAGGAGCAGAAGUUCUUUGUAAGCGAGAUGAUCGCUGAUGCGAAUAAGAGGAGGAAAUUCGACGAGGCGGCUGCCCUGCAGAGUAAUUACCAGGAUUUGAGCACAGAGAUUGAUUCUGUGAAUGGCAUGUUAGGACAACUAGAUUUUGAAGGAGCUUAUACCAGGGAUCAGGCAAAUGGCGUGAGCGGAGGAGGAUUCGGUCUUGGCAGGUGA